AUGGCCUCCCUCGUCUCUCGUCCUCUCCUCUCUGCUCUCCCUGCACAAGUUCUCCUCGCUACGAGAGCUCGAGCCAUCACCUCCCGCCGCCUCUCUACUCUCCUUACUCCGACCCAACAGCCUCUCCUCCUCGACGACUCAGCCGAGCCCGCGCUCUGGCAAUGCCUUCCUGACUGGUGCAAGGGCCACAAGAAGUACAACCAGGUCUUCAUCCUCGGAGAGUCCUUGAGUGCGCGAAAAGACAGAUUAGAAGACAAGCGGGCACCAGUGAAGCCCGGGAGCUUUGCGAGCGCAAUACAGAGGAGGAGGCGGCGAUACACAGUUGCACAAGAUCCUUUUUGGGGUAGAUGA